ACAGAAUCACUCCCUAUUAUUAUCUUCUUAAACCUAACCAAAAUACAGUAAGAAACAAUAGCAAUGGCAGCUAACACACACCACCGUCUCCUAAGCUCAACCUUCUCAACCUCCAUCCUCCUCCCUCCUCUUAAGCGCAAAACCCCUUCCUCUCUCCCUUCCUUCUCCCUAAUCUCCGCCCGCGUCGACAGCCGCCCCCUCCGCGCCGCUGUGAUCGGCGGCGGCCCCGCGGGAUCCAGCGCUUCGGAAGCCCUCGCCGCUGCCGGCGUGGAAACCUACCUCCUGGAGCGCAGUCCCGAUGGGUCCAAACCCUGCGGCGGCGCCAUCCCGCUAUGUAUGCUGGACGAGUUCUCCAUCCCCGAGGAGCUCAUCGACCGUCGCGUCACUCGGAUGCGGAUCAUCUCCCCUUCUAACCUCCACGCAGAUUUCGGCAAAACCCUUCGUCCGGGCGAGCACAUCCCCAUGCUCCGCCGUGAGGUUCUCGACGCUUUCCUCCGCCGCAGGGCGGAAUCAAAUGGGACCCGACUGAUUGCCGGUCUAUUUACCGCCCUUGAAUCACCGUCUUCAGCCAAGGAACCGUACAUCGUCCAUUACGUCAAGGAUGGUUCCAUCAAUACCAUGGCCGUGGACGUGGUGAUCGGCGCCGAUGGGGCAAAUAGUCGAGUCGCCAAGGCGAUCGACGCCGGACCCUAUGCUCAGGCCAUCGCGUUCCAGGAACGGAUUCGAUUGCCACCGACCAAGAUGGAGCGGUACGCCGAUCUGGCCGAGAUGUACGUCGGCGGCGACGUAUCGCCGGACUUCUACGGGUGGGUUUUCCCCAAGUGCGAUCACGUGGCAGUGGGGACUGGGACGACGGUCGCCAGAUCGCAGAUCAAGAAGUUUCAGGCGGGGAUAAGGGCACGAGCAGGGGGAAAGAUCGCCGGCGGCGAGGUGAUAAGAGUGGAAGCGCAUCCCAUACCGGAGCAUCCACGACCGAGGAGAGUGAGAGGGAGGGUGGCGCUGGUUGGUGACGCGGCGGGGUACGUGACGAAGUGCUCCGGGGAAGGGAUCUACUUCGCGGCGAAGUCUGGGAGGAUGUGCGGGGAGGCUAUCGUUAGGAUUUGGAAGAAGGGGGAGGGGAUGGUGACGGAGGAGGAAUUGAAGGAGGAGUAUUUGAGGAAAUGGGAUGGGGAGUAUUUGGGGAUGUUUAGGUUCCUGGAUUUGUUGCAGAGGGUGUUCUAUGGGAGCAAUGUCGGGAGGGAGGCGCUGGUGGAGAUGUGCCAAGAUGAGUACGUGCAGAGGAUGACGUUCGAUAGCUAUUUUUAUAAGAGGUUGGCUGAAGGGGAUCGGUGGCGGGAUGUGGGUUUGAUGUGGAAGACGGUGGCGAGUUUGGUGAAGGCGCGGAUUGUGGGGAGGGAGAUGGAGAACUUGAUGGAGAUGGUGAGAAGCAGCUGGUAGGAAAACGAGCUAAAUUUCUUUUAGACGAAGAGCCGUUGUAUCUAAGUAGACUUAAAAAAGAACAAUUAUUAGGUCCGGUGACCGGACGUAGCUCUACGUUCGGUUACCACUGAGAUCGCGUUACAUGUUCUUACUCUUUACCGCCCGGCCGAUGACUUGACCCGGACCGGAACCCGGGAAUGCUAUGUUCGCGUAUUGCUAUGUAUUA